GCUUUCAUGCUCACCACCAAACCACGUCUCUCCACCACUCAGACCGAAACCUGAGGUUCUCUGCUGACAUUAGCCCCGCAUUGCCAUGGAGGAUGAUGACUUCUAUGAUUUUUUCAACACGACUAAUGACAGUGGGAAGAUUGAAUAUGUCACAGAAGGCGAGGUGCGCUUGUGCAUGAAGACUAGCGUAAAGCACUUCGGCGCCGUGUUCAUCCCAACGUUCUACUACAUGAACUUCUUUCUGAGCUUGGUGGGAAACGGUCUGGUGCUGUGCAUCAUCUACAAGUUUGAGAAGCUCAGCACAGUCACCAACAUCUUUCUGCUCAACCUGGUCUUCUCAGACCUGGUCUUCACCUUCACCCUGCCCUUCUGGGCCGUCUACCACAAGUCCGAGUGGAUCUUCGGCCGUGGUCUCUGCAAGCUGGUGGGCAGCCUGUAUUCCAUCAGCUUCUACAGCUCCAUCCUCUUCCUCACCCUCAUGACUUUCGACCGAUACCUGGCCGUGGUCCAUGCCAUCACGGCAGCCCAGAGCCGGCGGCGGGCGUAUGCCUUCGGCUCAUCCGCGGGUGUUUGGGUCCUCAGCUUUCUGGCCAGCAUCAAAGACAUUGUCUUCUACGACGUACGGAUAAGUGAGUUUGAUGGGAUCGUGUGCGAGGAGUCCGGCUACUCCUACAAGACCUUGCGAAAAUGGAAGUUAACGGGCUGCUACCAGCAGUUUGGACUGUUUUUCCUGGUGCCCCUGCUGAUGGUGCUCUACUGCUAUGCCCGCAUUACCAUCCGGAUCAUGUCCACGCGCAUGAGGGAGAAGUGCAGAGCCAUCAAGCUCAUCUUCAUCAUCAUCUUCACCUUCUUCAUCUGCUGGACGCCCUACAAUGUGGUCAUCCUCCUGAUGGCAUUGCAGAUGUCCUCCGAGGACAGCUCAUGCUCGGAAAGCCUGGACUACGCCCUCUACAUCACGCAGAACAUCGCGUACCUGUACUGCUGCAUCAGCCCUGUGCUGUACACCUUUGUGGGGAAGAAAUUCCAGAGCCAUUUCCAGAAACUUCUAGGCAAGCACAUACCGUGUUUGAAGGUCACCAUCUUGACAACUCAAAGCAGCAGGACCACAUCAUUCAGGAGUCCUAAUACUGAAUACUAGGGCUGUGCAAUCAAGGAGAGUUUCGUGCUGCAGGUAACAGUUCUGUCUGUAUAUGUCUCACAAACUGACACUGUUAGGAACUUGCUUUUUGGGGGGGAACAUUAGCUCUGUUGAGGCAACAAUAUUGUGGGGGAUAAGAGGAAUUUUUGUCUGUGUGUGUGUGUGUGUGUGUGUGUGUGUGUGUGUGUGUGUGUGUGUGUGUCUACGUGUGUACAUUUCAUGAAAGCUCUGAAAUGUUUUGGGAGCAACCAGUGAGUGGAAGAUGAAUCAAAAACGACAUGGUAUGAGGAAGUUGGGCAAUACUCUGUUAACUCCAUAUAUAUAUAUAUAUUUGAGUAUAUCCUUUGUUACUGUGACUAAGGCUUGUUAUUGCAAAAUAGAAAAUGAACCAACAGCAGCUUCAGAGCAUAUAGCAUUACUAAGAGUUACAUUUUGGCUUUCCACUUGUUUUCUUUCUUUUUUUCUGGUGAUUUUAUCUGAAUUGUUAUAUGAAUUAUUAUUUACUUAUUCAUUUUUAUUUGUAUUACUUUAGCAUGGUUCUCAGUAUUUUUUCAUUGCUAAUUAUUUACUGAAUGUGAGAAAAUAAAGAAAGCUGUCAACUGUGUA